UGCGACGAUUUAUUACCUCUCUUGGUAGAACAACAGAGGACAUGGUUAUGGAUACUCACAGUAGCUGUAGAAUGUGUUUUCUUCACAUUUUACCGUUAUUUGCUUUCUCUGUACUGUCACGGAGUCGCAUCUUUUCAGAGUCCGUGUUGUCAUGGAUGAUUAUCAGCAAAACGAAGAUGAACCUGAAACAGUUGAGGGUGAAUCAAUUAAGCAGAAAGAAGUGCCGGAUGAAGCCUCAGGUCGCCGUCCAUCGUUGAAAGAUAUAUCUGAUGGCCGACGAUUGUCUUCAUCCGAACGAAGAGACUCUGAAACCAUUUCAGAAGCUGAAGAAGAAUAUUUACGCAAAAUGCUUUCUGAAAGAAGAGGCUCUUUUCGUCCCCAGCCUAAACAAACAGUUGCUUAUCAGGUUCAACCCACAGAUACCCUGGAAGGCAUUGCAAUUCGAUAUAAUAUUACACCUUCAGAACUUACCGUUUUAAAUAAAUUAAACUCCAGAGUCGUUUUUCCUGGCCAGACAAUUUAUAUUCCUGAAAAGAACAGCCUUCAAGCCUUAGAAGAUAUUCUGAAACAGAGUGCUGCUGCUAUUGUAACAAGUUCUUCUAGUUCAUCUGAACAAAAUAGUCCAAAGCCGGGCCAUGUUGAGCGUGUUGCUGAUUCUUCAGAAAAGAUACCAGAAAAGACUCCUGAAAUUUCAGAAAAGUACACAUCUGAUAUAUCUGUUUCAGAAUUUGCUUUAAAAGAAAAAGUUUCAGAUGGAACAAAAGAAUCUCUCAGAAUUAAUUCAAAAUAUGUGACAGAUGGUGAGGGUGUGGUUGGUGGCAUUUUGAUUGUAACAACCAAUCACAUAAUUUUUGAUCCUAAUGUUUCUGAUCCAUUGGUGAUUGAAUAUGGAUUGGAAAAAUAUGGCGUUGAAGCACCAAUGAAUUGCAUUGUGAGAGCUGCUUUGUAUACAGAUAUCUUCCGGAUGAAAAUAAAAGAUGCCAAUGUUAGUGAUGGAAAUGUGGAUGUGUAUCAUUCAAAGAAUCUGAGCAUGAAAAAAAGUAAAUCAAACAUUGAAAAACUAGGAGGAAAAAUGGAAAAAGUCAAACCACUUAGGCGUUACAGUGCAGCUGAAGUUGGCAACAAGCGGGCUGAUUUUAGCAUGCCCUUUAGCAGUUCAUUUCAAGAAAAUUUGUCUAAAAUUUGUGAAGCAGCUGAUCCUGAUGAAAAUGAAGAAGAGAAUGAAACUGAUUCUAGUAAACCACCAUCUCCACCAAAUGAUGAAGGCACCAGUCCACUUUCAGAUUCAGUAGCAAAUUUGUCAGAAGUAGAUGGAUCUAAACAUCCUGCUGUUAAAGCUGUGUUGUCCAAUUCCUCUUCUUUUGAUUCUGAAGAAGGUUAUGUUUCCAGAAAAGCAUCUAUGUCAGAUGAUGAUACUGCUAUCCUAGCUCCUGAAUCUGGAUCUCCAAAGAAGAAAUCUAAUUUUGAAAAAACUAAGCACAAAUUGCAUAAAGGGCUCAAAAAAUUUUCUCUCACUGAUGGAUUAUUUUCUGCACCUCAUGGGAGUCGGCGUAUGUCUCUACCUGCUUUCACUUCAUUACCAGACUUUAAGCAUAAAAACUCUUCAGUCAAAAGUCCUGUAUCUGGUGAGAAAGCCGCAGAGAAACCCAAAUCAGGAAAUGCUAUCUAUGUAAAUAUGGUUGAUGAAAAACCUGAGCUUUUUGCUCCAUUGGAUAAACUUAUACCUCGUCCUGCCAAGUCUUUCUGUGACACGCCUCUCUACUUAUGUUUAAGAAUGGGACAGCCAAUUGCUAAGUCAUCCACUCAUACCUCUGUGAUUCACUUUGGACAUAAAAUGAAGCCUGAGUAUUGGUUUAGCAUUCCGAAAGACAGUGUGGACGAUUUAUACUUUUUCUUCCUGCGAUGGUGUCCUGACAAAUAUGGCGAUAUUGAUAAAAUUGAUCUUGAAGCUUUAGGCUACUUGCCUAUUGAACCAGAAAGUCAUGAAGAACCAGAAGAGAAAGUGCUUAACCCUAAUCAUCGCAGGGCUAGCUGGGCUUUUCCAUGGAGGAGAAAGUCUAAAGAUGUUACAGAAAUAUCUUCUACUUCUAGUCCUGAAGAUUGGGAGUUCCUCGACUAUUUAGGAGCUAAAACUGAAUCUGUUCAUCCUCCUGAGCUACUUACACCUUCAAAAAUUUUGAAUGAUGAACAAUUGUUAGAGAUCAAUAAACAUUUGCCUGCUAGAGCUAUGAAUCCUUGGGAACUUAUCUAUGGUUCAUAUUUGCAUGGAUUCAGUCUGAAAACCAUGUAUCGGUCUAUGGCCAAAUAUGAUUGUCCAGUGCUCCUUGUGAUUGUGAAUAGAAAUGAUGCAAUUUUUGGUGCUUAUUUGUCAUCUACUCUUCGAUUAAGUGAUCAUUUUUAUGGAACAGGAGAGUCAUUUCUCUUUACUUUCCAUCCGGAAUUCAAGAUUUAUCAGUGGUCAGGAGAAAAUGACUAUUUUAUAAAGGGAAAUGUUGAUAGUUUCUUUGUUGGAUCAUCUGAGGGCCACUUUGGUUUGUGGCUUGAUGAUGAUUUAUUCCAUGGACGUACUAAUGCUUGUCAGACUUUUGCAAAUGAGCCACUUUGUCCGGAAGAAGAUUUUGAAGUCAAAUCAUUAGAGGCUUGGGGAUUUGUAUAAAGUGAAGAUGAUUUGUACAGAGAGAAAAGCCAUGACUAUAAAUAUAUGUUGAAUCUGGUGUAUUUUUUGUUAAACUUUUAAUUUAUUCCUUAUUGUAUUUUUCUGUUAUCCAGGAAAAUAACUAAAUAUUUGUGAUUUACUUCACAGCAUCAUGUAGUUUUGUAUAUAAAAUCAUAAAUGUAAUAGUUUAAAUAUAUUGUCUACUGAG